AUGAGACGAACUAUUGCAACCAACCAUCAAUCAUUCAAUCUGCUCAAACAUCGUUGCUAUGGAACAACAAGUCCUAGCUCCACCAACAAGCUGUACUCCGACACGCUGCUUUUACCUAGGACGGACUUCCCUCUACGUCGUCUGAAGUCGGAGGAGAGUGAAGCUCAGUUACGCCUGCGAACCACGAAGCAAUUAUGGGACUGGCAGAGUAAACAACUGCAGAGACCCGUCUGGACGCUGCAUGACGGACCUCCGUACGCCAACGGCGCGAUCCAUAUGGGUCAUGCGCUCAACAAAAUAUUGAAAGAUAUCAUCAACCGAAAUAAGCUGUUGCACGGUUUCCGGAUCAACUAUCUCCCUGGUUUCGAUUGUCAUGGUUUACCCAUAGAGCUCAAAGCCAUCCAGCGAAUUCGCGCCACCCACCCUGAUACCGAAUCACUCGAUUCAGUCCAAACUCGCGAUGCUGCUCGGGCAACAGCGAUGGAAGGUAUUGAACUACAAGCGAUGCAAUUUGAUCGUCUAUCUAUACUAACAGAUUGGGAGAAAGCAUGGCGGACACUGGAUCAUGAUUACGAAAUCAAACAGCUCAAAGUGUUUGCUCAAAUGGUCAAGAAUCGCCUUAUCUCCCGGCACCGGAAACCUGUCCAUUUCUCACCAUCUUCAGGAACCGCCCUAGCUGAAGCUGAAAUCGAAUAUCGAGAUGAUCAUCUGAGUCGUUCAGUUUACGUGGCAUUCGAUAUUGUAAAUCCUUCGUCCGCUUUACAAGCGAUCGUAGCACAAUUCGAUUUCACUGCAAAGCUCAAAGCUGUCGUAUGGACCACAACUCCAUGGACUCUGAUAGCUAAUCAGGCGGUUGUAAUCAGCAAGUCGGCGCGGUAUUCUCUCGUGAAACUCUCUUCCGAUCACUCAUCAUCCGAUGCGGAAGUCGUGAUAUUUGCAACUGAGCGACUCCCGGCCCUCAAGGAACUUCUCUCAGAUGGAUCGCUGAAGCUGGAAGUCGUUGGCGAACUUAGUGGCGAGGAGCUAGAAUCGUCCACGUAUCACCACGAUUAUAACCCUUCAGAACUCCCAAUCUUCAGUGCAAAGCAUGUCACGGUCGAGAGUGGAAGUGGACUUGUACAUACCGCGCCAUCUCAUGGGCUGGAAGAUUUCUAUGCAUACACCGACUUCAUGAAAACUCGGCGGCCCUCAGAGACCUUUCCUUUGAUCGAGGUUGUUGAUGACGAAGGCAAAUUCAAUGGUUGGGGUGCUGCGGAAUGGAGCAGGAGGUUACAUGGAAAAGCAGUGCUAGAGGAAGGAAAUAAUGAAGUAAUUUGCAUGCUAGAAGAGCAGAAACGAUUGAUCGGAAAGGAAGUUAAAAUUCGACAUAAGUAUCCAUACGACUGGAGGACAAAGAAGCCUAUUCUAACGAAAAUCACGAGUCAAUGGUUUGUGGAGCUUGAAAAUAUACGCAAGGCUGCUCUUUCUAUGAUUGAGCGUGUUGAUUUUCACCCUCCGGCAAGCAGAAACCGCCUCGAAUCAUUUCUCAAAUCUCGCUCUGAAUGGUGCAUAUCUCGCCAACGGCCCUGGGGCGUUCCAAUCCCAGUGCUAUACUCCGUUGAAACCGACCUGCCGUUAUUAACCUAUGAAUCUGUCGAGUGGAUUAUCGAAGUUUUAAGACUGCGAGGUACUGAUCAUUGGUGGAAAGGACCCGUUGAAGACUUUAUCCCACUUGGCACUUCAGGCAAAUUCAAGAAGGGUACCGACGUGAUGGAUGUAUGGUUCGAUAGCGGCGUGUCCUGGCUGACUUCCGACGGGGCCCCAGCCGACAUGGUAUUGGAAGGAUCUGACCAACAUCGAGGAUGGUUCCAGUCCCAGAUGCUCACUUUCAUCGCUGCGAGUCCGUCGCACCAACACGACAAUCCGGUCUACAAAUCAGUUGUCACUCAUGGUUUCACGCUAGAUAAGCAUGGUCGAAAGAUGAGCAAAUCAAGUGGCAACGUGCUUAGUCCACUCGAGUUGAUUAAUGGAGAUGAAACAAAAAAGCAGCCUGCAUUUGGGAUUGAUGUUCUUCGGUUUUGGACGGCCUCAGUGGAUUUCAGCAAAGAUGUGACGAUCGGGGUCGAUCAACUUUCACGGCUCUCAGAUGCUGUUCGGAAAAUUAGAUCUACUGCUCGGUUCUUACUUGGUAAUGUGUAUCGAGAUGGAAAUGUCAAGUCGAGUAAAGAUGGCUUGCCUCGCGACGAUUUUGGGCUAAUCGAAAGAUACAUGCUACACCUUCUCUACGAGUUCCAGCACUCAGUCCAACGUGCUUACAACGAACUUGAUUUCAAGCAAGUGGUACAGCUUGUCACAAGCUUCACAACGAAAACACUAUCGUCAUUUUAUUUCGAAACGGUCAAAGAUAUACUUUAUAACAAUGCUCAGGGGGAUCUGGAACGUCAACGCGUGCUUGAUUUGAUGUCGAAAAUCCUAGAUAUCUACAAACUCGCUAUUGCUCCGAUCUUAACCCAUCUAGCUGAAGAAAUUGCAACACAUCAACUCUCUUUUGUUCCGUCUAACCCGUCUCACCCUGCCAGUGUCUUCGAAGAAUGCUGGCCACCAUUGUGCGAGGACUGGAAAGACUCAAAGAUUGCUAACAAGAUGGAAUUCUUAAUUUCUAUAAGAGAUUCGAUCAUGCGUGAAGCAGAGGUCUUGAGACAAGCUAAAAAACUUCGCUCUUUGGAAGAAGUUGAACUGGUGCUUGAUAUUUCCGGUGCGAUCGGGAAUUCACCAAACGAAAUGGCAGAAAUUUUGGUAAAGCAUGAUAGCUUACUACCCCGCUUGUUUGGGCUGUCAGAUGCAUCAGUCUGCAAGACUGCCAAUGUGACCAACACGGUCCUUAAUAUCGCUGCCCCGGCUUGGCAACAUACAUUCGAAUUCAGAUUCGGUGAUCGUCAAGACUUGAUCAUCAAACUGUUUAUUGUUCCUGCUUGGAGGUCGAAAUGUCCCCGAUGCUGGAAGUUCACGGCAGAGGAAGGUUGUCCGGUUUGUGUUCGAUGUGCAGAAGUCUUGACAACACCGCCACCAUAA